CAGUUAGAGUUAAUUAAUAGCAACAGCGUGGUUGUCAAUCACGUUUAGGUUAGGAAGUUGUUAUUGAGUUUGUGGUGAUCAGUUUUAGAUAAGCUAUACCUUAAAAACUCAAUUUCAUCACAAUGCCGGUUUCUAAAAGGGAUAAAAAAGUGUCAUUAACAAAGACUACAAAAAAAGGAAUGGCAAUGAAACAGCAGUUAGUCGAAGAUGUAAGGAAAUUUCUUGAUAAAUAUGAAAAUUUAUUCGUCUUCACCACAAACAACAUGAGAAAUGGGCCUCUGAAGGAUCUGCGAGAAGAAUGGAAGGAUAGUAGAUUCUUUUUUGCCAAGAGGAAAAUUAUGGCGCUUGCUCUUGGACGAACUGAGGCAGACGAGGUACAGAAGAACUUACACAAAAUUUCCAGCCACCUUGUGGGGCAAUGUGGCUUGUUGUUCACAAAUAGGCCCAAGGAUAACGUUGUACAAUGGUUCAGAGAUUUCUCACAAAUGGAGUUUGCCAAGUCAGGAUUUGUUGCGACAGAGACUGUAGUGUUGCCAGCCGGUCCAAUGCCUGAGUUCUCCUUCUCCUUGGAGCCUCAUCUUCGCUCCCUCGGACUGCCUACUCAGCUGGAGAAGGGGAAGAUCAUCCUACGUGAGGACUACACAGUGUGCUCUCUGGGCUCCAAACUGACACCCGAGCAGGCCAACAUCCUAAAAUUGAUUGGAAAACAAAUGGCAGAAUUUAAAAUAAAAAUAGUAUGUAUGUGGUCCAAAGAUGGUUCAUUUGAAAGAUUUAAGGUUCCCAAGGAAGCUAAACAAUUGCCUGAGGAAAGUAGUUCCAAACCGCAGAAGAAAUUAAGUAGUUCAAAAAGUAAGAAAUCGGAAAAAGAAUUAACCAAAUUGUUUGAUCAACAUACAAUAAGUGAACCUGAAGCACUUAAUGUAGAAAACAAUCUGAACAGUGCAGAAAGUGAGUCAACAAUGGAAGAUGAAACUAUGACAGAAGAAAGUGAACAACUGACAACAAGUGAAGAAGUAGAACCAAGUUUGGUCAAUAAAUCAGAAACAGUAAAAUCAAAGAAAUCUGUUCAAGUAGUGGUAGACGAAAAUGAUGAAAAUAAAGAAUCUGUAAACAAAGAAAGUGAUGACACAGUUACUGUAAAGGCAAGUACUAAAAAAUCUGCUCGGAAAAGUACACAAGUAAAAUCCGAAGAUAAAGUCUCCAAAGAAGAAGAACUAGAACAUUCAGAAGCUCCAAGACCAGGAGAAGAAUCCCCUAAGGUAACAAGGGUGAAUCCAAGAAGAUCUUUGAGAACUCCAAAGCCAAUCAGGAGAACUCCAGAAGAAAAGAAACAGUCUGUUAAAAAGUUAACAGAAUCAAGCAAGAAAACAAAGUCAGCAGUAAAAGAUAGAGUGGCAAGGCCCACCAGGAAUACCCCUCGCAAAUCAGUUUCCAAGAAGAUAUUUGAAGAGCCAGAAGAUGUUGAAAUGGCUGAGUAACGUUGACUUUGGUAUAUAUUGUAAAAUAUAACGUUUGAAUUA